AUGGAUCCAGCCGAUAUCUUGGUCGAGCUGCAGAAGAUUGAGACUUUAGAGGCUUUUGAAUUGAAUGACUGCGUCAUAGAAGCUAUUGAGAACAGUGGAGAAGACAUAGAUAUUCGUAUAUGUGAGCGUCUUGCGUGCUUGAUCAUGCAAGACUCCUCUUUCGGGAUCAGCAAAGUUCUCGAAGAGCCUCUUCGGAAAGCCUUGGAACUGAUCAACAACAGAUGCUUGGAGAUAGUGAGAGGCAAGAAGUGUGUCGGAAUAGGUAAGGAGUUUGAAAAUAGAGAGGUAAUCAUUGAUAAUUAGGAAACGAGUGGUUUGGCGGUCGGACCAAAAAUGGCAGCGGAAAGGAUCGAACUCUGGAAAGGGCGAUCUGCGGUGCAGUGAUAUCUGAUUGCUUGUUGGGAGGUGCUCGAAAAAUUCAGCCCCUUGAAAUUUCGCACUUUUAGCGUCAAGUUCCUAUCGCUCGAUAGAGCAUAACUUCGGGACGUCUUCUGAAAUCGCUCAAGCGCUUCUGAACAACGAUGAACGGUGUUUGAUGACGUUGUGUGCGCUUCUGAAAAUGAUCGACCGCAUCGAGUUGGUGUUGUCGAGAAACUUCCAGUUCUCUUGAAUUAUUUACAGCCCAAUAGUGAAAUUCGAUCCUUGUUGCUUGUUCCUACACGUCAUGGUCCACAUCAAGUUUGACUAUGAGGUUAAAAAAUGAUAAAAUUGUUCGAAAUUCCUUUUGAAGGUGAUUCUGGACUGGCUGAGUUCUGAGCUGGUGGCGACUUCCUUAUUUUUCCGAGUUCUCAAAUCUCAAAGUCAGGAAAAUUAUCGGCAACGUUGGCUGGAGGCGGCGCAACGAGUUGAUCGGUUUAUAUAAGCUUUUUUUUUCUUCAAAUUAAAUUUUCAAGUGAGAAAUAGAUUAAUCAAAAAAGACUUCUAGCAGCGAUUUUUGAACAAAAAAAAAUCUCAGACAGAAAUUAUGAAUAAUUCACCUAGAAAAAAGCCGUUUUCUGAGAAAGGAAAGAGAAAAUUUGUAGUUUGAAAUAUACCAGCCCUCAAUAUAAGAAUUUCGGUUUAAAGUAGGAAAAUUUCAAAAAAAUUUCAAAAUUGUACAGGUACAAGAAGCUAGAGACCGCAAAGCCCCGCCCCUUUUCGCGAUGAAAAAAAGGCCAUUUUUGGUAUUCCGUCUUUGAUUGUUUCGUACAACCGAUAGAAACAAUAAAAAAUGAUAAAAAUUACAUUUCCGUGGGAUUCAAAGAGCACUGUAGGCUGUAGUUGUGCAAUCACUUGGACGGAAGUGAUGGUAAAAAAAAGCUCGUAAAAUCUUCUCUUAGGCUCACGAAACCGUGCCGCCCUUGCAAAUAAUAGCGCGCGCAGAUUGCAUGAGAAUUCGCAAAUCAAAAUUUUUCAGCGCAAAAAAAUUUUUGCUUUCCGAUUACUUUUUAAAUAUUGUUUCCUCCUCUUAUUCUUAAUAUUUUUUUCGUUUUUUUCUUUUUCUGUUUUUUUGAAUGAUAAAAUCAUUAUUUUUUUAUAAAAAAAAACGAGAAGCUAGCUUGAGUUCGAAAAAAAUAGGUCUGUGGUCCCUACCUGAAGCCGCUUCCUGCGCCUUUAAACUUUUCAAAAAUCUUCUGUUAGUAAACUAUACUCUUAUAGUCGAUUCACGGUUAGCUUGGGACGCUUAGGGGGCGUGGCCUGUCUGCGCUCUCUAUUAAAAAUUCGCUAUCUCUGUCCUUAUCGUGUCAGGACCCUUUUCUCGAUGGCUUAAGCCAGCUAUAUAAAACUUAAGGUACUACUCAAAACGGCCCAAAUUGCCCUCGGAGCCCAAAACGAACUACGAGUGGAAAGAAUGCCCUGAAGCUCGAAGAUCCUCGCCAAAAGUUGUCCUCCGAAUCACUCAGCUCGAAGGAGACGUCCAAGUCACCAAGGAGUUCACAUUUUUCGGUGAAAUGGUGAGUUCAAAGGGAAAAAUGGGGGGCUUUUCGGUGAGUUUGCUCUUUGUCUAUUUGCUCUCGGACAAGGCUUGAAUGUACUUUACUUGUAUCUUAUUUGUUUUACACCUACACGGAGACUGAAGUCUUUAAAAAGAGUGUAAAACCCUAAAGGAAUCACUCGAAACUUCCUUGUCGAUUUCAAAGGCCAUUUUAUAAGAAUUGGAAGAAUAAGGUACACAAAAAAAUGUGUAAAAAAAUGCUUUUUCAAGUGAUUGAAAUAAAUUUCUAGUCAGGGAAAAUGAGCUACGCAUAGGAAAUUAUCCAAAAAUUCGGGGGAAAAAUUCGAGAAAAAAUUCAAUUUAUUUAUUCAAAAAUAGUAUAUCUCGACAUUUUUUUUUUUCAUAAAUUCAUUUAAAAUCAGUUCAAAAUGAUCCUUUAAUAUCUAUAGUCUGAUCAAAUUUUGAUUUUUCAACUCAAUAACGUCAUUAAAGUUGAAAAUUCCCUUCUAAAGUGCUCCGCCUCUGAUUGGCUUAUAGCCGCAUUCGGGGGCGGAGCCUGAAAUUCUAAGAGAGAUAAAGCAAAAAAUCGUAGAAAAAGGCCGAAAGUACAGUCGGUUCACGGCUAGCCUGUCUGCGCUCUCUUUAAACAAGACACUGUCUCAUUUCUCAUCGUGUCAGAACCCUUUUUCAGAUGGCUCAAGCCAGCAUAACAAAGAGCUUUUUGGUUUUGUAAUUUUGAUUCUUUCGUUCUCAAAAAUACCUCUCCGAAUUCAGCCCCGAAAAUGCGUCGUCGAGACGGAUUCUGAAGGCGAUUUGCAUGCGGAAGAGGUGUGGGUGCAGUGGCGCGUCACUGUCGCAACUCUGCAUAAUCGGCUCGAGAGGCUCCUCCGUGCGAAACUCGUCGGAGCCCAUCUCGAACCGAUCUGCCGCGCCGCCGUCAACUUCCUCAUCGUCCAGGGGUCAUGA